AUGGAGAACACAAAAGAAGACGAUAUUCCCAUUUUGUCGGGCUCUGCGCUGGAUGCACUGAAAGAAUUUUACACGGACCGAGAUGCGCAUCAGCAGAAAUUUGAAGAUUUGAAGCAGCGGGCUGAGGAUCAGGCUGAUGGAGUUCCUUUGAGUAUGGAUGCUUUUGCUGAAAAUUGGAACGAAUCGCAAUUCUGGUACUCCAAUGAGACGGCAACAAUCCUUGCGCAAGAACUUCUAAGAGAUGCCGUUGCUGAAACGGUUAUUACGUCGGCUAUAUGUUUGAGUGUGAUGGUGAUGGAUGGUGAGGUUAACAUUGGGAAGGCAGGGUGGGCGGAGGACAAGCGGCCGAAGCUUCAUUUGUUGGAAUUUGAUGAGAGAUUUGCGGUGUUCUCUGAGUUUAGCUUCUAUGACUUCAAUAAUCCAUUGAUGCUUCCAGCACAUUUGAAAGGUUCUGCAGAUCGUGUUAUCUGUGAUCCGCCUUUUUUGAGCGAGGACUGCCAAACAAAAGCGGCUUUAACUGUUCGAUGGCUGUCAAAAUCAUGGGGUCAAGACGAGUCGUUGAUGUCAUGGGGUCAAGCAGAUUCUGCGUCGCCGUCGAAGCUCAUCGUAUGCACGGGUGAGAGGGUGGGAGAUGUUGUGAAUAAGCUUUAUCGACCACAAGGUAUCGCAACUACGACUUAUCUCCCGAUACACGCGAAUGGACUGAGUAAUGAGUUCUUUUGCUUCGCCAAUUUUGAGUGUGAGCACUGGACGUGGAGGAAGUUGGAUGAAGAGUAG